AUGACGACCCAAUUAAUGUAUGAGAACGAUGAUGAUCAAGGGUUGUUUACCAACAGGUCUACAAUGUUGGCAAAUUUUGAAGAAUGGAUCAAGAUGGCAACAGAUAAUAAGAUUAACUCAAGGAAUAGUUGGAACUUUGCAUUGAUUGAUUAUUUCUAUGAUUUGAAUGUUUUGAGGGAUUCUGAGAAUAAUAUUAAUUUCCAGAAGGCUUCUGCCACUUUGGAUGGGUGUGUUAAGAUUUAUUCUUCAAGAGUUGAUUCAGUUACUACCGAAACUGGUAAGCUUCUUAGUGGGUUAGCGCAGAGAAAGAAUGAUAAACACGGUAAUGGUAAUGGUGGUAGUACUGGAGAGGAUGGCGAUGAUGGUGCUAAUGAUGAUGAUGGGAUUAGAAUUGAUCCAGAUACUGGGUUACCAAUUGCGGACGAUCCCGAUAGCCAUUCAAAGAGAAGAGUUUACAAUAGAGUUUUAGAAACUACAUUAGUUGAUUUUGAUACUAUUAGAAUGAAAGGCCUUGAUAAGGAAUUGAACAUAGAUCCUUUAUUUAAAAAAGCACUAGUGGAUUUCGAUGAAGGUGGUUCUAAAAGUUUAUUAUUGAACACUUUAGACAUCGACAAUAAUUGUAGAGUUGUAUUUGAUGCAGCCAUAAAAGAUACAAAUUUUACUAAGAAUGGAAAUGUUUUGAAUGAAGAAGAUGAAAGUUCAGAAUCAGAAUUAGAAUCAGAAUUAGAAUCAGAAUCAGAAUUAGAUGGAAGGAAUGGAAGAAAACAAGAUACAGAUGAAAAAGAAAAUGAUGGAAUAGAAAAUGCUUCGCAUGGGACUCUGAAUAAUGAAAUAUCUAUGGAAGAUAUCAGUAGAGAUAACGAAAGGUUACUUGACGAUGAAAAAGCUAUUAUUGAGGAUGAAAUACUUGUAUUAGGUAUGGAUUUCAUCAAUUUUGAAACUUUGGAAAAAUGUGAAAUAUCAUCUUCAAUGAAACAACUAAAGUCUGUUGUCAAUGACAUAAACCAGGCAAAAGGUUUCAUCGAUGGGGUUAACAGCAAAUUCGGUAAUUACUUGAGUGAAGAUGAUUUGAAAGAAGCUGAUCUCGAUGACAAUUCUCUAGAUGCUGAUGUCAAUUUUGAUAUGGAUGACAAUAACUAUGCUGAUGAUGAUGCAAACAUCAUAGAUAAUCAUGAAACAACUCGCGAUAGUCUGAAGAACAUCUCUACUUUGGAUGAAGCAAGCGCUGUACUGGGUAAUAUGUUUGAACAAGAUUUAAUGUCAUAUUUCGAUGAAAGUUUAAAGAAAAGUUGGCGUGGUAGAGAUCAUUGGAAAGUACGAAACUAUAAGAAAAAGAUAUUAAAUGAAACAGGUGAUAAUAAUCAAAAAUCCAGCGAAGAUGAAGACGGAGAGGAAACCAAUAAUAAUGAAAAUGCAUCAAGUAAUACAAAGAAGUCAAAGAAAAAAUCUACAGAAGAGGUCGAUUUUUUUAAAAUCGACAAUGAUCUGGAAGAAAUUAUAUUCGCACCAAGACAACGUAAAGUUAUCGAGAUACCACAGAAAUCUCGAAUGAAUCCUGAUCAUUUUCUAUUACCCGAUGAUUAUCAAUUUUCUACAGACAAGAUCACUAGAUUAUUCAUCAAACCGUUACAAAGAAUGAGGCUAUUUCAAAAUAAGAGAAACAAGGGAACUAUUACUAGUAAUCAUAAUGAAAGCGACGAAGGGUUUUUAUCUGAUGGGAAUGCGGUACCUGAACCUGCAAAUGAGGAAUUUUGGGCCAAGAACUAUGAAUUGCAAGAACAAGGAGAUGAUAAUGGGAAUGAUAAUUUUGAUAAUGAUGGCAUUGAUAUCCAGGCGGCAGAUCUUGAAAAUCCAUUUGAAGAAGAUAAUGGAAUUGAUUUCAAUCAAGCGUUCGAUUCUGAUAGCAAUGAUAUCCAAGAAGGACCUACAUUUUCAAUCAAGAAUGAAGAUAACGGAAAACUUCCUAUUAAUGAUAGAAAGGUUAAUUAUUCUAGAGUGGCGAAAAAAGUCGAUGUAAGAAGGUUAAAGAAUAAUCUUUGGAAGUCAAUUAAGAUAUUAGUUGGAAAAGUAAAGGAUUCUGAAGUAGGAACAGAGGUACUUGAAAUCAAACUUACGGAUAUUGCCCAUGAGAUGAGCAAAAUGUAUAGUGACGAAACAAGGAAGGAUAUAUCUACUAGUUUUUGCUUUAUCUGUUUGCUACAUUUAUGUAAUGAACAUGGGUUAUCAGUUAAGAAUAUGGAAAAUUACGAUGAUUUAACUGUAGUUUAUGAUAUUUCCAAGGAGAGUGUUGAACAGUAA